AUGGCGCUAUACAGGACUUCUGACGCCUUGAUGUACAGGGCAUUCCCAACAACCCUGCGGGGGCCAGCCCGCGCGUGGUAUAGCAGUUUGAAGGCCGGAACCGUCGCCUCCUUCGACCAACUCGCCAAAGAUUUCGAGCUUAACUUCCUAGCUUACGCUCGACCAAAAUCGUUCUUCUGGUCUCUCGUGGAACGACCCCCCGCCGCGGUCCCCGAAAUGCUUCAGCGUGCUGGCCAGUUCAUCGCUGCGGAGACAUGGAUGGCUGGGAAGCGGGAGGAGCACAAAAAAGUCAUGUCGGAGCCCCCCCGACAGCAACAACCCACCGCGUCCCGUCGUAAGUUGGACAGAUCCGACCCAAGGCCUCCUCUCCCCGCCUUGAAUUCGUCACGAACGGAAAUAUUUCUCCAUGAGAAGGGGAAGGGACUACUCAAGGAGCCCCACCCAAUGAGGAACCCGCGAGAGCUCGCGAACCGUUCAAAAUACUGCCGCUUCCAUCAGCAACAUGGGCACGACACUGAACAGUGCCGUGAGCUAAAAAGGCAAAUCAAGGAGCUCAUCCGCCGAGGGCAUCUCGGCCACUACCUUCUGCCGGACAAAGAGCUAUCACCUCACCCGGAGGGCCCCGUCAAGAGACACAUCGACGUAAUCGCUGGCGGCCCCGCAUCGGGGGGGGGGGGGGGGGCUCCAUCUCGGGAAGAAAGGCGUACGCCCGAGCCGCUCCAGACGUAA